CCAGCGCCGCGUGCCGCCCGCGCGGGCUCAGCGCCCGCCACCUGUUCCCUGAGUGCGCAGCGAUGGGCACGGGGCCCUGUGCCCCCCCCCUGCUCCCUCCUGCCCCAAAUCUGUGCCUGGGCAGCACCGAGGAGCUCCCGCCGUCCCUCCCUGUGCCGGGGCAACGCGCUCCUGGGGGCCAGCAGCAUCCCCCGCCCCAUGGCUGGGCGCUGAGGGGGGGUUGGGGGGCUCCUGGGGGCUCAGCCGUCCCCGCUGCCCCCCCAGAGCCCGACAAUGCGGGCCGGGGGCUGCCGCUAAGCCCCUGCUCUUAAAAUAGCGUUGGGCUCAGUGUGCCCUUUGCCAGCCCGCCCCCCAGGCACGGGGAAAUAUCAGCGGGGUGCGGGGGGGUCACUGGGGGUGCUGGGGCGUGUGUGAGCUGCAGGCACUGAGCCAGGGGUGCGGGGGGGGGGCCCAGGGACCCAUCACCCCCUGCCCCGGCAAACAUGGAGCUGCUGGGGUGGGACGCGGUGUCCCUGUGCCACCAACGUGGGUGUCCCCUUGCAGGGGGGGGGGGGGGGGCGGGCAGCCAGGACAAUGCGGGACCCCCGCCCGCCGACCUGCCGCUGCUUUUUAUAACCGGCCCAGCUGUCCUGCAGGAGCCCAAAUAAGGCUGUGGCCGCCCGGACCCCCCCACGCCAGACAAUGGGUCCCGAGCAGAGACUUUUUGGGAGCACUGGGGGGGGGCGGGGAGGGCCAAGAAAGGCAAAGCCCCCGCGCCCACGGACCGGGGCGCACCCAUAAACCGGGCGGCAGCGGGCAGCGGGCGCCAGUGCCACCGAGUGCGCCCUCCAGCUGAGCCCGCUCCGCUGAGCCCCCGCGCCCCGCAGCCAUGGAGGCCAUCAAGAAGAAGAUGCAGAUGCUGAAGCUGGACAAGGAGAACGCCCUGGACCGGGCGGAGCAGGCAGAGGCCGAGCAGAAGCAGGCGGAGGAGAGGAGCAAGCAGCUGGAGGACGAGCUGGCCGCCAUGCAGAAGAAGUUGAAGGGGACGGAGGACGAGCUGGACAAGUACUCGGAGGCCCUGAAGGAUGCCCAGGAGAAGCUGGAGCUGGCGGAGAAGAAGGCGGCGGAUGUACGUAUGGGGACGAGAGCUGGGCCGGCCACCCCCCGGCAAGGGGACGGAGGACGGUCCCCCAAAAUGGGGCAGGGGCACAGGGCCGAGCGCGGGGAGGGGGCGGGUGGCCCUGGAGCUGGGGUCAGCGCUCGGCCCCGGGAGCGCUGCGUCACGGCCGCGGGCGGAGGACCAACGCCAAAGAAGGACGGAGGACAACUGCACAGCGCUGCUAUUGUUGGCCGCCGUUUCCAGGAAAACAAUGGCGCGAGCGGUGCAGGGUUUCGCUGCCCGGCAGCCACGUGGCACCACGGCCCUUAUUGUCACCUGCGGGGACGCGGCGGCCUCGGGGGCCGUCACCCUGCGCUGCCCGGGGCUCGGCUGCAGCGGUCCCCGCUGGCGCGGCUCUCCCCGGUCCCAUGGGGCAGCGCCGCGUGGGGACACUCGAGCUCCUGUGCUCGCUGGGCCAUCCUCCCUCUGAUCACCACAAUUCGGGGCCCCGGGGUCCCUCAGCCCCAGGGCCGUGCUGUGCCUCACUGGGGACGGCGCUGAGCCAGCACCGCGCUCACCCCCACCACGAAGGGCUCCGGAGCCCGUCCGUCCCCACGCUCCCUGCCCUUCUCCAUUGCUCAGCACCGCGUCCCCGCGCCCUUCGCCUCUCAUCCGUUCCCCGCACGGCGCUGGGAGGUGGCGGAGGGCACCGUGCUGCUGUGCCGUGCUCCCCCCGUCACCACGCAUCGCCCGCAGCGCUCGGUCACACUUUUAUUGAGCCCCCCAUGCCCGGAACGAGCUGUGCCCCUCAGAGCGGAGCUGGUGCCGCUGCAGCUCUCAGCUCGGUUGUGUGGGGGGAUAUGGAGGGGAGCGGGGGGGGCUCUGGGGGCUCUCAGCCCAAUGUGGGGUGAGGUGAGGUGAGGGGAGGGGAGGUGAGGGAAGGGGAGGUGAGGUGAGGCUCAGCACCGCUGGCAGUGGGUUCGGAGCAGAGCCGAGCUGGGAACUGGGGCACAGCGGGAGGGGCAGGGGGGUGAGCUCAGCCCCCGGGAAUGCACCAGCACCGCCGUGCCCGUAUAAGGCCCGCGGGCUGUGGAAGCCCGGCCCCGGCGAGCGCCCGGUGUGUGGGGCCUGGGGCUGCGCGGGGCAGAGCAGCGCUGGGGGCACGGGGACGUGUGGGGAAUGUGUGGGGUGGGCACCCAGGAGCGGACGGGGCAGCACCGCACGUCCCCAGAGCUGUGUGGGGCAGAGCCUGGUGAACCCAGCGCCGUGUGGGGCAGAGCCCGGCAUCCCCGGCCACCUGUGGGACAGGCCCCGGCGCCCCACGGCCGCCCCCUGCCCCCGCGUGGCACACGGCCCGGUCCUCCUCAGGGCGGCCCUGCUGCCC